UUCUAUUUCACACUUUUCAGGGAUCCCAGAAUUCGCGGGAGUCUUCCGAAAUCGGGACGGCUUCGCGCACUCCCACAAGCAAAUAAGGAUCUCUGGGAAAAUAACCCAUCUCCUGCAAAUUCAUAAUAUUUGUAUGUUUUUUACUACUUCAUUAUCAAUUGUCUCACAGAGGUCAGUGCCAAUGGGUGCAGCAAAAUAAAAUUCAAAUAUGUUAGGAAGCUCAUUUAACCAGAUCUCCUGGAAGGAAUUUCUUCCAACUUGGGAUCCCUGCUCUUUGAGAUAUUUUAAUCACCGAACUUCUGCAUUGCAAUGUGAAAAAUUAAGCACAUUUUUUGGAUAAAAACAAUUUUAUUAUAUUGUUUGUAUCCAGGUGUUGUAAAGUAUGUUGGCCCCUUAGAUAAUGACAUCCUUCUACCUGAGGUUUAUGUCGGCGUUCAUCUCGAUGAAGCAGUUGGUAUGCAUGCGGGAGUUGUCAGUGGAAAGCGAUACUUUGAAACUCCCAAAGGAAGGGGUAUCAUGGUUAAAUACCAUGAAGUAAGAAAAAUUAAGCCACCUGAUAAACGCCCUCCAUUGACGGGUAAUGAAAUGUUUCCGAGCUAUAACCCAAAACACUACAGGAAGUUUGGAGCGAGAAGGUCAGCAAAAUCAAGUAGAUCUAUCCAUAAGCGUGCACAGACAGCGCCACCUAUUGGUCGGAAAUCAAGUGAGAAAAAGACAUCACCAACAUUCGGAAUUCAGACCCAAAAAGGAUCUGGUCUUAGGGUAGGUUGAAUUUGAUUGAUUCAAAGGCUUACAAUAGUGUGUAAAAUAAAAUAAAUAAAUAUAAAAUAUUCUGCAUGGAUAGUGAAUACAGUAUAGAAAUUUAUGUAUAACCUGUACUUUAUAGGCCUUUUUAUGGAGGAAAUUUACAAUUACAAGAAAGGGAGGGUGAAUUGACAAAAAUAAAUUACUGUAUUACAAUAUUUAAUUCAUCAUAUUAUCGUUAAUUGAUUAUCUAAAUUAUAUUUAUCAUUCAGUGCUUGAGCAUAGAAAAUGUUUUAAUCUUUAAGUCAUUUC